AUGAAUAAUAUCUAAUACAAAAGCAUUUAAAAAAUAAAAAAGAUUACCUAAAAGAGUAAAUGGACUAUUGAAGAAGAUAAUGUAUUAAGUUUAUCUAUUCAAAAAUAUGGUACAACUUGGUGUAAAGUGGCAUAAAGUUUUCCUAAUAGAAAUCCUAACUCAUGUAUUUAAAGAUGGAAAAGAUUGAAAUCCUAAAGUGUAAAGAAAUAACUAAUUACUAGAAGAUAAAAAAAUAGAAAUGGAAUUUAAUAGAAGAUUAACUUCUUUUAGAAUUAGUUACUCUAAAUGGGAAAAAAUGGAAAAAGAUCUCAAAAUAUUUCACAGGGAAAACUGAUAAAUAGUGUUUGUAGAGAUACAAUAAUACCCUGAACCCAAAUGUUAAUAAAUAACCAUUCACAGUAGAAGAAGAUUAAAUAAUAUACUAGAAUUAUAUAAUUUUAGGUUCCAAAUGGUCAAAAAUAUCUAGAAAACUUAAUAGAAGAACGGUAAACUUUUUUGAUAUUUAGUUCAGCACAAUCAGGUGAAAAAUAGAUUCUAUUCUCAUAUUAUUUCUUCACAUUUGAAUUUAGAGAACCCAUAUCAUACAAAAUUAUCAUCUUAAUAAGCUAAAAAGGCUUUAUUUAAAGCCACUUUGGAACAUAAAUAAAAAUUGCUUUUAGAAAAUUAAAAUUUAAUUACUUAACUAUUAGAUUAAAGUCAUUUAAAAAAUUAUUUUGAUGAGGAUGAGUCAUACCAAGUUGAAUUUGAAGAAGCUUAUUCUAAUUAUCAGAGACUUUUAUGA